AUGAUGGAUCGGAAAACCCGCCUACCUGUUGACGUGACCCUAGACAUGUCUACACCGAACGGCCUCCAGGAACACAAUUACUCCGGUGCUGCCCACCAUGCAAAUGGGCUGUUAUGUGUGUCGCAAUGGGAAUGUAACGUGGGAAGUAGAUGCACAUUCUUCAUUUUGGGUGCGCAUGUGCAGCUGCGACCUUCACCUCUAUCUGUGAUAAUAUACACACGACCCAGUUCUGCCACUCGAUUUUCUGGCAGGGACAUAUAA